GAUCUUUUGCCCGCAUUCCCACAGUGACUGGCCACAACGCCUCGGGGGCCAGAGAACGAGCCGUUCUGUGCACUGUGCUUUACCACUAAGCUGUGCCUCUUCUCCCAAAGAGGGAAGCUCCCUCUUGAAUUACACUGAAGCUUCUGGAGUAAUACCCCUUUUCUUGCUGCAGUGGUGGAACAGCUCCCAGCCACCAGCUCUCAACUCGAGCCAAGUGGCUGUGCCUCCGAAGAGGACGCCCCGUUGCUAACUCUUGAGGAAGUGGCUCGGAUGACCAAUACAGCCUACUUCAAGGCCUCGGUGAAGGAUGAGAGUGGCCAGGAAGCCCUGGAGCAGCUUGCUCAAGAGCAAGAGGGCCACCUGCACGUGCAGAGGCCUGUGUACGAGCCCCCGCCUCCCCCCGCACCCAUGGAACCUCUCUACGAACCGGGCCAGGAUGGGAAGGUGACAGAGACCCCUCCUGAAGUGUUCCAAGCACUGGCUGAGCUGGGCUAUGCCUCCUUCCGACCAGGGCAGGAAGCCGCCGUGAUGAGGGUACUUUCAGGGCUCUCCACCCUGGUGGUCCUGUCCACCGGAAUGGGGAAAUCUCUCUGCUACCAGCUUCCGGCUUACCUGUACCGCAGGCGGUCCAGAUGCAUCACUCUGGUGAUCUCGCCGCUGGUGUCACUGAUGGAUGACCAGGUCUCUGGGCUUCCCCCGUGCCUGAAGGCGGCCUGCGUGCACUCCAACAUGUCCAAGGCCCAGAAGGAAGCCGCUCUGGACAGGGUGAAGGCCGGGCUGGUCCACGUGCUUCUGCUCUCCCCCGAGGCCUUGGUCGGCGGGGGCUUCCCGGGGUCCAGCUGCCUCCCGCCCGCUGACCAGCUGCCCCCCGUGGCGUUCGCCUGCAUCGACGAAGCCCACUGUGUCUCCGAGUGGUCCCACAAUUUCCGUCCCUGUUACCUGCGAGUUUGUAAGGCUCUUCGGGAUCGCUUGGGCGUGCGCUGCUUCCUGGGCUUGACAGCCACCGCCACCCUCUCCACGGCGCGGGACGUGGCCCAUCACUUGGGCGUCCCGGAGGGCGAGGGGAUCGCCGUGCGCUCUGCUGCCGUGCCGCCCAACUUGCACCUCUCGGUCUCCACCGACAGAGACAAAGACGAGGCCCUGGUGAACUUGCUGAAAGGGGAGAGGUUCGGAAGCCUGGACUCUGUCAUUGUUUACUGCACGCGCCGGGAGGAGACAGUCCGGAUCGCAGCGCUCAUCCGCACAUGUCUCCAGGGGGUGAUGCUCAAAGCACCACCCGAAGCGGAGGAACACAAGGACCCAAGCUCCGCUGCGGAGAGGAAGAAAGCAAAAGCUAAAAAGCACCUCCGCCGGCCUCUGAAAUGGGUUGCCGAGGCCUACCACGCGGGCAUGUCGGCCGCUGAGCGCCGCCGGGUGCAGAACAGCUUCAUGUCCGGCCAGCUGCGCGUGGUGGUGGCGACCGUGGCCUUCGGCAUGGGGCUGGACAAGCCGGACGUGCGGGGCGUGGUGCACCACAACAUGCCCAAGAACUUUGAGAGCUACGUGCAGGAGAUCGGGCGCGCAGGGAGGGAUGGCCAGCCGGCCCAGUGCCACCUCUUUCUGGACCCCGAGGGCGAGGACUUGCACGAGCUGAGGCGUCACAUCUACGCGGACACGGUGGACUUCUUCACUGUGAAGCGGCUCGUGCAGAAGGUUUUCCCCAGCUGCAGGUGCCGAGAACUGCGCCAGAGGCAGCAGGAGCUCAGCAAGGGCGCCGAAGUGCAGGAUGCAGAGACGCUGAGCGCCCCGGAAGGAGGCUGCGGGCAGCCGAGAGCAUGCUUCAGGCACGAGCGAGCCAUCCCGAUCCAGCAGACCGUGGAAGCCCUGGACUUGCGGGAGGAAGGCAUCGAGACGCUCCUGUGCUACCUGGAACUGCACCCCCAGCGGUGGCUGGAGCUGCUGCACCCCACCUCCUCAUCCUGCCGGGUGGUGUGCUACGGCGGUCCCCAGCAGCUGCGGGGGGCGGCUCGGAGGUGCCCCCCCCUCGCCGUCUGCCUGGCCCGGCGGCACCUGAAGGGGGCCAGUCCCCGUCUCGGAGGUUCUGUGGAUUUUGACGUCAUUGAGCUGGCGGACUCCAUGGGCUGGGAGGUGCUGCCAGUGAAGCGAGCUCUCCGUCAGCUGCAGUGGGACACACAACUGCAGACGGGCUCCGGCGGGUCUAAGAGGAGUGGGAUCCUCGUGGAAUUUAGCGAGUUAUCCUUUCACCUGCGCGCCUACGGGGACCUCGCUGACGAGGAGCUGGACUCUGUGAGUGACUUCCUGCACCGUCGAGUGAUGGCCCGGGAGAAGGCAGCCCUCCACCAGCUCCACGCUUGCUUCCAGGCCUUCCAAAGCGUGGCUUCCCCAGCGCACACCCACUGCUGUGACCGUGUGGACGAAGGGAGGAGUGCCCAGCUGAAGUCGCUGCUGAUGAAUUAUUUUGAGAAGGGUACGGUUCUGGAUGAAGAGCAGGGUGCCGAGGACCUGCAGGACAACAAGCUUCAGGACUGGGAGGAGCACAUCCGAGCCGACAUCCGCCACUUCCUGUCCAUCCGGCAUGAUGAGAGGUUCACCGGAAGAGCUGUGGCCAGGAUCUUCCAUGGCAUCGGGAGUCCACGCUACCCUGCCCACGUUUAUGGCAAAGACCGGCGAUUCUGGAGGAAGUACAUCCGCUUCGACUUCAACAGGAUCAUGCGCUGGGCCACGGAGGAGAUCAUCCAGUGGCACUGAGUGGCCUGCACAGACGUCUGUCUCGAGAGACGAGCUCCCACCGCAAAGCGGUCGGCUCCCUGCAGCCUGCGCAGGUUGCUCUAGCUGCCAGACAGGAAGAACCACGCGCCAGUCCCGAGUUGCCGGAAGGGCCUUUCGGGGGCCAUAAGAAAAGGCACGGCUUCCCUGAGGGCUUUCUGGAACUUUCUUGUGAGGGACAUGGGGUCAGUCCCAUCAGGACCAUCAAGUUCUCCAUUGCCCUAGCAUAGAAGGGCUGAAGGGUGAUCAUGUGUUUUUCUCUCUAGAUUUUUGCUCUUGUUGUAUGUUUCUGUUUUAUAUUUGCAUUUUUAGAAAUCUGCCCUGAGCAACUGGAAAAAGGGUGCUUAGGGGGCCCCUUUCUGAACACUUCUUCUUAGGGAUUUUAAUUCACCAUCCGGCGUUCUACAUAUGUUCAGUGUUCCUGAAUGAGCUCGCCUUCUCUAGGAUGCUGGCCCGGGGGGUGGGGGGGAGUUGGCCAGUUGAGGAGCGAUCAGCAUGGACUGACUUUUUUAAACAUCAUGUUGAGUAACGGACGGCCAGGCUCCCCUCCAUAGAAUAAUUGUGAGCAGUGCCUGCAAAGCAUGGCUAGAAACUCCCACUUUUGCCCGUUGCCCUGCUGAGGCGGAAUCUGACACCCACCUCAAACACGAGGGGGUUUUAAAUCUGUAUUGAAUCUGCUGAAUGCUUGUGCAAUGUUAUAAAAUUUAUCCUGAACUGACUGCUAAUCUGGGUCGAAUGCUGCUUUCUCUCUCAGACCUUCACAUCUUUCUGCAUAACCUUUCCCGG